AUGGAGGAUCAAGGUGUUUGGGAGAUCAUGGAGCCGUCGGGGGAGACGUCUUCGCAGGAUGCGACGGCGGUUGCGGCGGCGAAGGCGAAGGACAGGAAGGCGAAGGCGUGCUUGCUGCAAUGUCUUCCUGAUGACCUGCUGAUGCAAGUCGCGGCGAAGAAGACCGGGAAGGAGGUCUGGGACUCGCUGAAGGCGAGAUUCGUUGGCGAGGAGCGGGUGAAGGAGGCGCGGUUGCAGAACCUGAAGAGCGAGUUCGAUGCGCUGAGGAUGAAGGAGGAUGACUCGAUUGAUCAGUAUGCCGGACGGUUGACGGGGAUGUCAGUCCGGUAUAGCAAUCUUGGUGGAUCGCUCGGUGAUGCAGCACUUGUGAAGAAACUGUUCGACACAGUGCCCGGGCGGUUCAUCAAUGUGGUUGCAGGGAUCGAGCAAUUCUAUGAUCUCAAGAAAUUGGCGUUCGAAGAAGCAGUGGGUCGACUGAAGACGUAUGAAGAACGUACCAGGCGGGGAGCAGGCGCAGUGGCGAAGACAGACACUGGUCAAGUGCUGUUGACGCAAGCUGAGUGGGAAGCGAGGCAGAAGCGGUCUGCUGGAGAAGGAUCUGGGAAGAGAUCGUCAGAGAGCAGCAGCCGAGGUCGCGGGCGUGGCCGUGGAGGGAAUGGCGGUGGUCGUGGCGGGCAAGGCGAUGCUGCGAAGGAUGGCACUAGUAAACGUGACAAGAGUCACAUAAAGUGCUUCAAGUGUCACAAGUAUGGACACUAUGCAAAUAGAUGUCCUGGUGAGGAAAAGAAGAAAGAAGAAGCUCAUCAUACCAGUGCAGUGGAGUUUGAGCCCACGGUGUUGCUCGCCGAGACGGUUUUCCCGGGGAGGCUUGAGCACCCAAGUUCAGAAGAGCUAUUGUCAGAAAACUGA